UUGUGUGCACGAGACGACAAGAUGACUAACUGUAGAUACGUGGCAUACGAUAUUUACUUCGCCUGCAGCCGAUUCAUAUAUUAUCAAUACAGAAAGAAAAACAAGAUAGGGAAUCUUGGAAGCGUGUGAAUGUAUAUUAGCAUAGAAAUAUCGAUUACCACAGCGAUAUAGAAAAAAACGAAAAAAAAAAGGUCAGGCAAAUUUUAUGUGUACGUCGGGAAAUCUAGCUAAAACACCUUAGUUAUAAAUAAAAAGGAAUUCUUAACUAAUACGUGUAGAUCUAAGAAAUAUUUUAUUCAUGAUUUGAUUACCUGCUUCCGUAGAAUAACAUUAGUGUUUUCAUCUGCACGUGGAUUUUUUUUCGAUCUCUGCACUACAUCUAUAAUUAUAGAGAAUUCAAAUUUUGACCUUGAUUGGGAAGUUUUGCGGACUUCAUCGAUUUAUGUUUAAGUUAAGUAUAUUUGUUGACUUAAACUUCAACAGACAACUGAUAAUACUUCAAAAAGGAAUUUAAAAUGGACUUCAUGUACAGAAAUUUGAUACUGAUAACCUUAUUCAGCCUUGUUGAUAACCGAAUCUAAAUACUUUUAAGACCGCCAAACAAAUGCGCCUAAUGCCUAUGGAGUGAAGCAACAGUUACUGUUAAUAACUGCGUGACUUAACUGAACUGCGGUGACCUGAAUUCACUACAUAUUCAAUAACUUGACGUAAGUUGGUGUAGAUCUAAAUAAAAUAUAUAUAGCUUUUAGCUACGGAGUUUAUUCAGCCAUGAAUUACAUUUUGUUGACGACCUGUCUAGCUGUGUUUGUUGGGCACGCCACCGGAGCUUAUGAGGUGUGUAACAAAGAAACAGUCGAUCCGGCAUGGAAUAAGUGUGACGAAACCUAUUUCAAUGCUUCUAUGACAGAAAUGUGCAAAAAUGUUGAAUGCUUGGUGAAAUGCAAAAAGGAUGCAGUGGGUGACUGCGACAAGCGCGAGGAAUUUCGUGAACAUCUUUUCAUGUACGAUCCGGAGAAGUGGAAGGUCUAUUAUAGGUUUAUCUGCUCAAAUAUUGAGUCAGUAAUGCAACAGUUUGACGGAGGCUGUGUAGCGAACAAUGUCUGUGAUGCUGAAAGCAUUGGAAACAAUUUCAAUCCUGCGGAAAAAGACAAGCAAGCUUUGUGCAGUUCGUUUGAGGCUAUUCGUAAAUGUGUCAGUAUGGAUCCAGGGGGAACAUGCACUGCCGCGGGGGCCAAGUUUAAUGAAGAUAUCAGGAAGCUAGGAUAUUCUGUUUCCAUUUGUGACAACACAGACAUCAAAGAUUUAUACACUACGUACGGUGGAUCUUACAAGUGUGAGAGUACCUCAGCAGCAGCAGCGGUGGCACUGGGAUAAAUUUUCUUGUAGUCAAGCGUUUAGCCAAAUGAAAAAAAUCUUGUAGCCAAAUCUUAUUACCUUUAGCCAAAAAUUGUAGCCAACAUUGCAGAUGGAGUAGCCAAAGAAUAAAGACAUUGUGGGAACCGCAGCUGCUUGAAAUAUACUAUAUAUAUUGCUCAAUAUAAUGCAUAUAUUUUUAAAACUUAAUAUUUAUUUUAUACUAUACAUUAUACAUUAUAUACAACGCACCAUGCAACUAUGGUUGGCAGAAGUCAGAACUUUUAUUGUUAACAAAUUUAUUAUCUUAAAACAAUAUCUUCUACGACUGACAUUUACAUAAGAGCAUACAACAUGCAUGUACAUGACUUCAUACUGCUAUCCAAAACUUAUCCUAUGUAAUAAUCUUAUCUUAAAACAAUUACAAAAUAUAAGUUAAGACCCAAAGUCAUACUGAAUCCAAUCAAGUUCAUUUACCCACUGCUGCUUGAAUGCACGUGGAAUAGCACGUUCAAAUGUAGAUUGUUUGGAUGGCGGACAAAUCUAGAUCUAAAAAGCUUUGAUGAUCUUUAUUAAGCUUAGUGACAUAAAAUUUCAUUUUCAACAUCACAGAUGUGUGUACAAUAUUCUGCAAGCAAUAAAACAAAACUUUUAGAUGAGUGAAUAUCACAUUUUUCUAAAAUAUCAAAUUUGAAUUUGAGCACAUUUCUAGACAGAACUUGCUUUUCCCUCCUUAAAACAUAAUGGAAUUUGUAACAUAUUCCUAAAUAAGUUUCUUAUUAUUUUACUAUUAUGUUUGAUCAACCAAUAUUUUCCUUUUCAUAGAAAUGCCACAAAUAAGUAUAAUUUUCAAAUUUAUCAGAUAUCUAUUAAAUAAAAUACACUGUUUACCCUUCUCACUAAUUGAUACACCUGUAAGGUAGACCGACUUUCCAAUAAACAAUGACCCUUGUUUAUUGGAACCAUACUGUGAUAGUCAUUGGCCCCAACUGUGCUAAUGAAGCCAGAAAUCCCUUUGACCUCUGCCAAGAUCUAGGCUUAGAAAACCAUUCUGCGAUUGUAAACAAAAUGCGGUGAAAAAAUGCUCCGCCGAGUGUUUUCCAAACAAUGGUUAAAACAAGACUUACUGAUUAGUUUUUCCAGAACUGGCAUAGUCGAGUGGAACAGUCACCUAAGUGUUUAGUUUAUAGAAUUUAUAAAACUGAGUUUGGUUAGAUAUUUUACCUAAAUUUUAGUACAUGCACUCUGUAAAUUUAGAAUCAUGAAUCAUAAGUUAGAGUGUCCAUUUUUCACCAACUGGAGAAAAAAAUACAUUCCCAGUUAUUAUAAGAGACGUCCUAAUUCUUUAAAGUUAAGUCUGCUCAGGAAUAAUAGUAGUAAAUCUAGACUUGUUAAACUUGCUUUAGUUUUGCUUAUUUAAAUUAGAGUCAUUCUCCACUGACAAAAUUGUGAAUUUUAACAAAUAUUUUCUGGUACUUUUUCAGUCUGGUUAUUUUGUACGGCUACUUUUACGGUUGGUUUAUUCAUUCCGUAUUUAGUCUUGUACAUUCCUUGAAUAACACAUGUGCUGUUUUGUUUUGUUUCUUUUCGUCACACAUGUCUUGUUACUGUUUUUCAGUUUGUGUUUUUCUUAUUCUUAUCACAUGCUUGUAAUAAGCCUUGAUAUAGAAUAAACUUGUGUAGUAAAGUCAAGUUUCACUUUAUUUAAACUGAUAAAUGGAUUCACAGUCAUUUAUUUAUAGUCAGGUCGUAUAUCGGUGAUCAGUACUCCGUAUUCCGUUGUAUCAUGUUUGUACUCUGUGUUUCGUUGUAUCAUAUUGUAUUGUACUCCGUGUUUGUAUUAUCAUGUUCAGUCAUGUGUACACUCGUGCAUUUGAACUUGUUUUGUAGAUAGAAGACGUUUUCAUUGGUCAGUUAUCUUCAUGCACAAAUAACAACUUUUGGCGCGAACUAACAAUUGCACGGCCCUCUAUUCUUCAUUCUUGAGAAUCAUUGUCCGAGUGAACGCAAGUUACUCUAGAACUAUUGUUAUACUGUAGUAAUUUAAUGUCCUUACCUUUGGACAAUUUACUAUGUCAUAAGUGUACCUUUGCUAGUCGAUUCUGGUAAGAUAUUUUCUUUAGUAUUUGUUCUUUUUAAAUGCAAUGAUAACUUAUUUACCGCGAGAGAUCUAUUUUGUGAAAUCUGUAUUUUUCACAUUCUGCUAUUGUUGUAUUGUAAUUCGUAUUUUCUAUGUUCAUGAUUUUACUGUUUUAUGUUGUAGGUUUUUCUCUACACGUACUAUACUGGUACUGUCCAAUAAAUUGAAGAAACCUCAAAAUAGUUGUGUUAUACAAACUACCUAUACUACAAAAUGGCUCCCCGACGAGGCGGACAGUAAGAAAACCAGAACGGCGAUCAGAGCUGAAUGUACACCACGUAUUCCAUGGUAAGGAGGUUGUUCUAAAACCCCGACGCCCGCACGAGAGGAAGAGGAGUUCAAGACAACGCCGGCAACCUUAUCUAUGGUAUACCACCUCUUUCCCCACCCCCAUCCCUUUUUUUCUUUAAAGUGUACACUCUCGCGAGUAGACUGUCAAUUUUGACAGCUAUUAUCAGCUGUAUUUACAUCACGUGACUGUGACUUUUAAUCUUACGGAACACGGAGCAACGAGGCGGAGGAAUAUGACUGUGAUAUUAGUGUUAUUUUAAAAUGUGUUUUUAAUUAUAGUGUCUUUUGUGGAUUAAAUUGGAUUUUUGGGAACCGUAAGUACAUUUUCUUGAUAUAUGUUGUAAUUUUUGGAUUUUUGAUAAGUAACGCUGCGCACUAUUUUCUGUGUAAAUCUAAUGUAGCGCAGAGUUUAAAAGCUAGGACGAUUUUCGUAGUGAAAACCAAACGAUAGAGCUUUUGUGCAAUUUUUAACUUCGGUUAAAUUUUUGAGCAGUAAGAAAUUCUUUCUUGGUAGUUUUCAUUUGGUUUGGCUUUGUUUUCGACGGUCGCAGUAUAAAUUCUAAAUUGCAACGUACAUUUAGAUUGCUAUAUCAUAUUUUCAUACAUUUUCGCGACAUCGUAAUUUUUGUCAAGUUUGAGUAGAUAUAAUCCCAAAAAUUUGAUUGAGGUUGAAUUACGGUUCCGUGUGAUACAGUUUGUAUUUUAGUGUAACAUAUAUUCUUUGAAUGUGUUUUGAUUGCAGCAAAAGGUACUCGUAUUAUUGAUUUUCAUUGAAAUUUUGCAAGCAUUGACAGAUAUUGUGGUGUUUACUUAGAAAGU